GAAUUCUUCUCAUAACGUCAGAAAUGUUUGGUGUACUACUUGACCUUUCACAACCAGAAUCACAAUUAUCAUCAUCAUCAUCAUAGCAAACUGGGAAAUGAAUCGGUGGCCCAUCGAUUAUUUAUGUCUGUUGGCUGGAAGAAUUCACAUGCAAGGCACGGGCGACAGUUUGGGCGAGUUACGUUCCUUCUUGCUAUAGCCCCUCUUCCCAACAUUAAUUUAGAAGUCAACAACAGCGUUAAUAAGACGACAUAAAGUUUAAAGGAGAUGUAGGUGACUAAAGGCAGGGAGUAAGGCGAUGGGCUGCACCUCAGCCAAGCAGUUAGCUGUGCCGAAUGAGGAUGAUCAGGGCCAAAGCAAGGCCUACACCAAUGGGGAUGCUUUUUCAGAGGAACACAAAACAAAGGGAGGGGAGAAGGUCAAAUAUGACCAUGGCGAAGAAGACCAAUUGAAUACAAGCAACAAGGAAAAUCUGAAGAAAAAUACAGUUUUGCAUAGAGGCAAAUCGAAGGACCAAGGUGAUGAUGGCAACAAGAUAAGUGUUCACUCAUCAGAGAGCCAACAGGAGUUUUUCCGAAUGCUGGAUGAAAAGAUUGAGAUGGGGCGGGACUACUGCUCAGAGGGAGAAGAUGUGACAUAGCACAGUUCUGAAAGUUGAAUCAUGUCAACUCAAGGCCUGAACCCCGAUCUUUCAUCGCAACCAACUUUUGUCUCCUCUCCUUGGUGAUCCCCACAGGAAAAUAGGGUGCAGACAAAACACAACUAGGCAUAUAAACAUAUUAAGGCAAGAGCAUUUCUAAACAGCCUUUGAUAUUUGUUUACAGUUGUCUAAACGUUUUUGUACUGAACCUGUUUAAGUUUUAUUUUACCAUCACAGCAACUUCUCAUACACUUAAUGGUAAUGCGCGUACACACACACACACACACACACACACACACACACACACACACACACACACACACACACACACACACACACACACACACACACACGUUAUGUAGCACAAAAGUGUUUUGAUGGAAUUCAAAUUUCCACUAGUGCCCAUUCAGGAGUCUUGUCAUGCUAAGCCAGGAGAGGAGACAAGUGUUAUAGUAAGCUGAGGAAGAUCAAUGGAGGGGAGCUUUGGGGAAAGCCACGUUCAGACUGUCUGCAUAUCCCUAUGCCUUAUCUUGCUGCUGCCUACCUACAAGGUGAAGAGGGAAAGUGGAUUUCAGUUGGCAGUGCUGGACACCGUUCUUCGGGACAGACUUUAUUUAGAUUUUUUGCCAAUGUUUGAUCAGGAUUUUAUUCAGUAUUUUGACAUAUGUCAUGCCUUUAAAGGAUUAAAAGACCGCCCAUUAGUAUGUCUACUAGGCAAAUAUCCAUUUAGCACUGUAAACAAACCUCAUACAUGGAAAAAAUAGUUAACAACAAUAAAAAUGGCCUCCGGGCACUCAUUCAAUGAAAAGAAAAUGUUGACCAUUAGACAUGCAAAAGGCACAUUUUUCUUGUCCUUCAGGAAACUUCCUUUCCUUUAAGUUGCGUGGUUUUCCUCCGUCAGGUUUUUCUGGUCUUUGCAAUUUGUGCUUCUUGUACCUCUCCCAUAAUGUGUACCGAUCUCAGGACACUCAUGCUGUUACCUUCUGCCUACAACUCACCUCUGCAGCUCGCCUUCAGUGCAAAUACUCUACCAUAGGGAAGUUGAAGUCAUAAAACACAUACUAUUUUCUGCAGUAGUAUUUAGGCUACAUGGUGUGUGGACUAUGUAAAGACUGUUGAUCCCAAAUAUAUAUUUAACAUCA